UUUUUAUCCAGGUCGACGAUGCAUGUGAGCUUUGGCGGUUGCGGCUUCCUCCUCGCCUUCCACGUCGGCGUCGCCAAGCAGCUCCAGAAGCUCGGCCACUUGACGCCGGCUAGCUCGGUCGCGGGGGCGUCCGGCGGCGCCUUGGUCGCGGCCGCACUUGCCUGCGACGUGCCCCUCGACGCCGUCGAAGAGCGUCUGCGCCAGUCCGCGCUCCUCAUGCGGUCCCCGUCCCGCCACCAAUCGCUGCGUGAAUACGUCCGUGCGCAUAUCCUUGAGCUCUUUCCAUCACCGCUGCCGUCGCACCUCCCGCUCACGGUCGCCACCACCCAAGUGUGGCCGCGGCCCGGCGUGGACUUCCACACGACGUUCAAGUCGCGUGACGACCUCGCGGAGGUGCUCUUGGCCUCGUGCCACAUUCCACUCUACCUCAGCCGCGACCUCUGUGUGCCGCACAGAGGCGCCUGGCAUAUCGAUGGGUGCGUCGUGUCGCUUGUCCCAAGCCUUCCGCACCAUGUCGGGAUCAACGUGUUUCCGCUGCCUCCUUUUGCACGCCCGAGCAGCACCAUGAUCAGCCCGGCUUUGAUUCCGACCCGGUUUCCAUUCUCGUUGCAGCAACUGCUCGUGUGGUCGGUCGUACCACCCCACCCGGACGUGCUGGACGAGCUUAUGCACUGGGGCCAAGUGGCCGCGACCGCGUACAUAGCCAUGAAGACCAAGUUAACUUAAGAUAAAUACGUGCUGGCGCUGUAUCGAAGCGGCGGCUUGGCGCCAUCCGUUUCAAGGAGCGUGAUUUGGUUUUGCA